UCCAUUGUCUCUCAUAGUGAAAAAGAAAAAGAGAAAGAAACUGAUGGUAUUGGGUGGUCAACAUGUGGUGGUCACUGUAAGUUGGCUUUCAGAGAAAAAAAUGUAUAUACAGAGAGAGGAAAGGAGAAAAGACGUCAAGGGGGAAUGUUCUUAGAAAGAGAUGAUGAAGGUGGUGAGUGUUAAUUGGGUUGGAAAGAAAGAAAAUGAGAAUGUAAAAUGAGAAGGAAAGACAAAAUGAUCAGGGGAAGACUUAGUUUACUUGUUAGUUACCAGAUUUCCUUGCCAUUGUGAGUUUGUUACUAAGGCCACCUCCACCUCAGUCCUUUGCUGUUCGCAGCUAGCUUCAUCUUGGCAGUAUGAAAUGGCUAUUGAGUUUCGUGGGGGGCUUUGUCGCCUACAGCUUCUUAAAAAUGCUGCAUGAAUACUCUACAAGGAAGGUAAGGGAGGAGGCGUGGAGGAUGAUGGCAGAGGGGAGAAAUGAAGAAGCAAAGGGGAUGCGGCACAGAAACUGUACACUGAAGAUGAUCGACACACCAGAUUGGGACACAAUAGAUUGGGCGGAGGUAGAUGACACACGAAAUUUGGCGAAGAUAGUCUUGUCGAGGGUCAUAGAGAAACUCUAUGUUGUGCGGAUUCAAGAACCAGCAGUUUUGGUUGGAGUUGAAGAAGAGGUCCAAUGGAUCCAAAGGGAGUUGAUGGGCGCUCGGGUAAAAUAUAGUUAUGCCCCAGAGGAAUUAAUGGAUGUUGCCUAUGAUUUUGAAGAUGUGAUUGAUGACCUUAUACUCAGAUCAGCUGCAAAGCAAAGGGGAAUAGGAAAUUGGGAGAGGUGCCUUUUGUCAAUCAGAAUUCAUAAGAAGCUGGAAUUGAUCAAGUCUAAGAUCCCUUCUCUUCCUCAUCUCCCGAUCGCAACAGGUUCCAGCUAUGAUAACUACAUCGAAGAAAUGGUCUGGUCAGACAUCUUCUUGAUACAGGGUCGGAGUGUGGCAAUCACGAUUGUUUCCCCGGUGGAAGAGAAGGUAUCAGCUCUGCUAGCUCUAGAGGCAAUUCAUCCCUAUACUAAGAAGAAGGUCAUGCGGGCACUAGACAAAUUCAGGUCUCUGAAUGAUUUUCUGACAGGCUUACAAUCAGUAGAAUUAGACGAUUGCGGAAUGGUUUGGAUGGAGGAGCUGUCCCAUGUUGCCCUGUCUGCUGCAAUAGCCAUUGAGGACCUCAUCAAUAAAGAAGAACAGUUCACAAAAAGAAGUUGGAUGAGACCUUCCAGGGGAUUUCUUUCUGCUUUUGGAAAAUUGAAAUCUGAGGAUAAGCUUUCUGUGGAGAUGGACAAAAUAUAUGCUAAGAUUCAGAACCUCUCUAUGCACAGGCCAACAGAAUUCAGUAGACAAUGUCAAAGUAGGGACACAAAGUCCACCAUGCCAAUCCCACCACAGCCAACAGCACAAGAACCUGAUCUCGCCAGCUUCAGUGAUGAUGUACAUGCAAUGAUAACACGGUUGCUUACUGAUGACAAGAGAUUCAGAGUGAUUCCAAUUAUGGGUAUGGAAGGCAUUGGAAAGACAACCCUAGCAAAGUUGAUAUUUAACCAUAAAGCUGUUGUAGAUCAUUUCCCCUUUGCUGUUUGGACGUCAGAUGGCUGUCGACUUCACCUACGUAACAAGGAAAAUUUGAUGGAGUUCGACCUAGAUCAACUGGGAGAUUUGUGGAGUUAUGAUGAGGAGAGGCACCCGCUGAAACCUUUCUUGAUUGAUAACAGGUCUCUCGUAGUUUUGGAUGAUCCCCACUUCUUGUACGAGGUGUUAAUGGUACUUCCAGAUACAUCAAAUGGGAGUAGAAUGAUUUUGACUACUUGCGAUAUGAGGCUACCUUCAAAACUCGAAAGGAAGAGUGAUCCACAUCCACUACGGUUACGUACAGAUGAGGAGAGCUGGGCAUUGUUUACCCAUGCUUUGAAGGUGAGCAUACCCCCAGAACUGCUAAAGCUGAAAGAAGAAAUUGUAAAAAGAUGUGGGGGGCUACCACUGCUGAUUGUAAAAUUUGCAGAAGCACUCUCACACAAGGAUGCAACCAUUGAAGAGUGGUCCACUGCACUUCUACAGUGUCCUCAUGACCAGCAGCAACUUUGGUCCAAUACCCUCUGCAAUAUCCAUAAGGAUUUGUCCUUGUACAUGAGGAGAUGUCUAUUUCAUUUCACUUUAUUUCCUCAAGAUUUUGAUAUUCCUGCAAGAAGGUUGAUAAGAUUGUGGGUUGCAGAGGAUUUGGUGCAACCAGAGGGCGAGAAUGAAGCUCCAGAAGAUGUUGCAGAGAGGUGUUUGAAUCUGUUUAUAGCCCAGGGAAUGAUUCAAGUAACAAAGAAGAAGUUUAAUGGGAAGGUGAAAGCGAUUCGCCUGCCAGAUACCCUAAGACAAUACUGGUUGUCCAAAGCUCAACAAGCCACAUUUCUUGGAGUUCAUACUAACACAAGAUCAGAGAUGUCCCUAGGCACCAACAAGAUUCGCCGUCUUGUUGAUCAUCUUGACAGAGAAGAUAUAAGUUUCGGUCAUAUUCAUGGUGAUUACAACACAACUACUUCUUUGACACCUUUCUAUGAAGAUGUACUUUCUUUUCUAUCCUUUGAUACUAGAAAAGAAAGCAAACCAGGAGAAGAAGUAGGGAACUUUCUCCAUCGAUGCGUAUCUAGGGGUUGCUUCCUAGUACUGUUGGUGCUUGAUCUUGAAAAUGUAUUCAGACCUAAGUUACCCGAGGCAGUUGGUGAACUAACUCGACUAAGGUACCUUGGCUUGAGAUCUACAUUCCUCGAGAUAAUUCCAUCUUCCUUAAGCAAGUUGCAGAAUGUUCAAACACUAGACAUGAAGCAUACUAGCAUCAGCACCCUUCCUAAUUCAAUCUGGAAGCUACAAAAAUUGCGUCACUUAUACUUGAGUGAGAGCUACCGAAGUAAACUUAUGCUUCGACAUGGUACCAAUUCUCUUACAACCCUCCAAACAUUAUGUGGGUUAUUUAUAGAUGAGGAGACUCUGGUAAGAGAUUGCCUAGAUAGGUUGCUUGAUAUUAAGAAAUUGGGAUUAACAAUGUCAUCUAAACAAGAGGCAGUGUCAUUAAGCUUGCAGGCAGUCGCUGAUUGGAUCUCGAAACUAAACCAACUCCAUUCUUUAAGGCUCAAAUCUAUUGAUAAAAGCAAUCAGCCAUGGGAUCUAGAAUUGAAGCCUUUAGUAGGCCAUGUGAAUCUUUCUUGCAUUUACUUGCUGGGGCGGUUAAGGAAUCCAUCUAUUAUUUCCCAAUUCCCAUACAGCCUCAUCGACCUCACCUUAUCAGGGUCAGGACUUGCAGAAGAUCCAAUGCAGUCAUUGGAUAAGCUUCCAAACCUUAGAAGUCUUAAAUUGUUUGCCAAAUCUUAUUUAGGGAAGAACAUGCUCUGCUCUUUAGGAGGCUUUCCUCAGCUUCGAGCUCUUAAACUAUGGAAGUUAGAGCAACUGGAAGAAUGGAAUGUAGACAAAGGAGCACUACAAGAUCUCCGAGAUUUGGAGAUCAGGUUCUGCAGAAGUUUGAAAAUGCUUCCCGUAGAACUGCUACACAGAACUCUCUUGAAAAUUGAAGUUAUACCUGCCCAGUAAGUUUACUACUUAAUCUCUUGAAAAUUGGUUUAUAACUUGUGUGUGUGAACUCUAGAAUUAGGUCAUCAUGAACUCAACGGGGCCAACUCAAUGGAGUUCUGGGUGUGAAAGUUGUAGAAUUUUGCUUUGUGAAUGUAUUUGGAUUGAAUGGAGUAAUUUCUUCUUUCUGUUGAUAGUGUUUGUGCGGGUACUAUUCUCUUCUUGUCCAGAUGGAUGGAGAGUGCACAUAGAUUAAUUCGCCACCUUUGUUAGUAGUCCUGACAUAUGUUAUGUUAAUGCUUUGCUCACAAGCCAUAUCAGAGCCCACCAUUACCUGCAUGGCUGCUUACAUGCCCCGCCCAUUUAGUCCAGAUACAAUCUCAAACCUCACACCAUUUCUUUUUUCUUUUUUUUUUUUCUUUAAGUUUAAAAGAGAAGGAUCACUACAGAUAUGGACUUGUCGAGAAGAGUCCAAACCAUUGAAAUGGGAUUCAUCCAUCCCAAGCAAAACUAAAACUGAAAGUGGUCAAGAAGAGUUCCUCUAUCCAAACCAUUCCUCUAUCAUCUAAUUCCACACACUGUGUAUCUUUCAGAAGAGCUUUUGUCAACCUGAACAUGUCUUGUAGCCAUCUGACCUUCUUCAGUUCAGGAU